UGAACGUCUUAACAAGUUAGCGAAGUCCUACUUUUUGCUUGAGCAUGAUGUGACUGUGCAAUUCUUGCAAUGGCACUUUCAGGGUUCAACGCACAACUAUCCAUUUAACCCUUGUGCUACCAAACUGAAGAAUGUUUGAAGGACAAGUUGCUUACUACCUGAAUCGCUACCUAGGGCGCUAUCUCCAAGGCAUAGACGCAGACUCCCUCCGCAUUUCAGUGUGGCGGGGAGAUGUUGAGCUUCGGAACCUGGCGCUCAAGCCAGAGGCUCUACAAGACUUGGAGUUGCCGGUUACUGUCAAAGCGGGUCUGCUGGGCAGGCUGACCUUGAAGGUCCCCUGGAAGGCGCUAGGUCGGGAGCCGGUGGUGGUGGAGUUCGACCGCCUCUACAUUCUGGUGGCACCCAAGGAACAGCAGCAGACCUCCCAGCAGCAGCAGGCCUCCCAGCAGCCUGAGGGGGCGGGGUCGGAGGGCGCAUGUGGCGAGUUGGACGUGUCCUGCUAUGAGGCGGAGGUGGCGGCUGCGGAGCUGGCGGAGAGGAGGCAGCGGGUGCUGGCUGCGGAGACGGGGUGGCUGCAGGAUCUGCAGACCAAGCUGGGGCAGAAGCUGUCAGCGGAGGGGGAGGAUGCCGAUGCAGAAGCUGCUGCUGCUGCUGCCGCACCCAAGAAGGGCGGCGGUGGUGGUGGCGGUGGUGGGCUGUUCAACCUGCAGGCGCUCAUGCACACCAUCCUGGGGAACCUGCAGCUGCGGCUGAGCAACGUGCACGUCAGGUACGAGGACGCCGCCAGCCUGCCCGGCCAGACGCUGGCUGCGGGGGUGACGCUGGCGGCGGUGGCAGCGCACACGGUGGACGAGGCGGGACGGGAGGCGUUCGUGACGGAUAACGUGCUACACGUGCUGCGCAAGGCGGUAGCACUACAGGAGCUGGGGGUGUACUUCGAUGUGGGGCGGCCGCUGCUGCAGCCCCCCGCCACCAAGAGCGGAGCAGGAGCAGGAGGGGACUGGCUGGGCCUGCCGAUCUACGAGUGGGACGCACUCAUGCUACCCUCACGACACACACCCACCUCCACCUCCUCGGAUGCUGCUACUGCCUCCGCCGUACAGCCGGUGUACGAACACCAUUUCCUGAUUUCCCCCAUCAGUGGUGACAUGGCCUACGUACGGCGGUCCUCCAAGGCCCUUGCUACCGCCGCCGUUGCCGCUGCUGCUGCUGCUACCGCUGCAACAACCCCUGGCGAUGGAGCCACAUCAGCAUCAGCAACCUCCUCCUCCUCUUCCUCCCAGCAGCAUCAGCAAUUCCUCCUCCCGGCUCGCCAGCAAGCGCGCAUCUGCCUGCGUUCCGUCUCCCUCGCAAUCACCCGCCCGCAAUACAUCGGCGUCCGCGCGCUGCUAGAAACCCUAGAUGCCUACACGGCAAACGCACCCUACCGCGCCAUGCGACCCAAAUGCCGACCCGCGGAAGGCGACGCGGCUCGUAUCUGGUGGCGUUACGCCUUCCGAGCGGUUCGGAAGCAGCUGACCCGUGGGUCGUCGCGGUGCUCCUGGGGUCAGCUCCGUACGGCAUGUCUGCUACGGAAGCAGUACGUGCCUGCGUAUGUGAGGUACCUGACAACAGGCAGCAGUUCUGUUACAGGGGCUGUUGGGGGUGCUACUGGGGGUGGGGGUACGGCAGGUACGGCAGGAGGAGGAGGAGGGGUUACGGGUGGCGGUACGGCAGGGAGUGUCGUACGGCUGGGCGGCGAUGAGGGCAUUGCGGCGCUGGAUGCGCAGCUGCCGGAGGGGACUAUCCUGCUGUUCAGGCGGAUGGCUCACGCCAAGCUGCAGUCCCAGCGGUCCGCACAGGCCGCCUCCUCCACCUCCCCUGCCACCUCCUCCCCCACCCCGACCACUACCACAACCCCGACUCCUUCAGCCGCCCCUCCUCCACAGCCCCUUCCCCCUCCAGCUUCCUCCCCUGGAGGAGGUGGAGGAGCAGGAGGCUGGUGGGCCUGGUUCCGAGGCAGCGGAGGCAGCUCCUCGGGUAGGAUGACUGCUGCUGCUGCUGCUGCCGCUACCUCUACGCCGGCUCUCACUACCGUUGGGAGUGGUGGCGGUACGGGUGCUGCGGGUGGUGUUGGCUUGGCUGGUUUGGUGGGCAGCGGGGGCAGCAGUGGCGGUGAGAGCGGUUCGCUGAGUGCGGAGGAGUGGGAGCGGCUACAGGAGCUGCUGCAACAGCAGGAGUAUGCUGACGACGAGGAGG